AUGGAGUUCCUGCCCGCCCUCCAGCAUGGCAUAGACGACCUCAAGCCCUCGCUGUUUGAACUGCUAUCGGAACAACAACUCUCAUCGCUGCUCCCCCCGUCGCUGCGCUACCUGCUCGCCGUCGCAACGCCCCGAUACCCACGAUAUUUGCUGCCCAUCCUCAAUUCCUUCGAUGAGGUCUACACGCUGUUGAUGCUCCUCGUCGAGCGUCACUUUCUACGCAACUAUGGCGGCUCCUUUACCGAGAACUUCUACGGCCUCAAGCGCGCCCGUGUGCUGAGGGUGCGAGGCGGCGAGAUCCCCCGCGCUCAGCUCGGCGCAUCCGACAGCGUCAGAGAGGCUGUCAAGCUGGGUCGCGACGACGUGUGGAAGAAUCUCGCCGUGCUCGUCGGCCUGCCAUGGCUCAAGAGAAAGCUGGACGAGGGCUACGAUGUCCACGCCGCCCACGCCAACCUCCUCGGCCCCAGCUACAACCGCGAAAGAGAAGGACUCAGAGCCGGCGCAACCAUCAAAGAGCGUCUGAUGCACUACUACAAGUGGUUUUUGCGCAACAUAUACCCCAGUGUCAACGCCGCCUACUACUUCUCACUGCUCGUCUUCAACAUGGCAUACCUGUUUGACGGCACAAAGUAUCACUCACCCUUCAUGUGGCUCAUUGGCUCGAGGAUACGUAGACUGGGCGAGGCCGACCACAAGGCAAUUGAGCUGGCCACAGCCCCAAGAAACAUUGGCCCUGCGCGGCCCGGCGAAGGCGGAUCCAUCUUCUCACCGAGGAAUCUUGCCAGGAGCGUGCAGCCACGAUUGUUGAGUUCGCUCAAGAUCCUGCUCCCUACAAGCAUCUUCGCUCUCAAAUUUCUUGAGUGGUGGCAUGCCUCGGACUUUGCCCGGCAAUUGUCACGGAAGGCAGCGGAGAACAUUGAGCUACCACCGCCAAUACUUCCUUCGCUACCACCUUCGGCCAAACAACAGGGGUCCAAACAGACGGACGGUUCCGAGAAACCACGACCAACAUCAUCAUCGUCCGACAAAACCCAGCGCAUCGAUCCCCCAAUAUCCUCAACCACCCUCCUCCCAAUAUUGACAGUAGCCUCACCGCCCUCGUCAGCGCUUUGUCCCAUUUGUGUGACACCCAUUGUCAACCCAACAGCAUCGCCCACAGGUUUCGUGUACUGUUAUACGUGCAUACAUCGCUGGGUCGACGGAGAGCAUGAUCGCCAAACUGCCUUUAUGGAGGGCGGUGCUGGAUUCCGAGCUGGAGAUGACGAAGAGGGAGGCGAUGAGGGCUGGGGCAAAGAAGAGGGCAGCCGAGAAGGUAGAUGGGAGAGUGGGAAGGGGAGAGAUGCGGUGACAGGGAGACGAGUGCUCGGAGGAACCGAGGCACUCAGAAGAAGUCACCCUGUCACCAAUUUUGCAACCGAUGUCACAUCGCAAGUAGAGGGCCUUGUUCAAGCGCAGGACAUUGCAGAAGAGGCAAUUGCUAGAGACCUUGAGCAAGACAAUGCAUCGUCUUCGGAUGAUGAUUCGUCGUCAGGCUCAGACACCGCGACACAAUUUUCCAUGAUCAACUCUUAUCGCCGGCCUUCCUGGGUAAAUCCCGGCUCGCGAUCAACGGCAAUCAUCUCCUCAAGCGUACCCGAACGCAGCCACAUGUCAACGUCGUGGAAAAAGCACAGUCAUCUGUCCAAGAAAGAGAGAGAGCUUGUGCGAAACGAGGAAAAGAGUUUACUUCGCGACAAUGAUUUGCUACCCCCCAAAAAUCCGAGAUCUGAGAGUAACGGUCCUUUUGAUCGCUUGAGGUCCGACAUGCCCAUCCUUGGCCUGCGCAAGGUUAAAAGCACUCCAGACGAAGAGAGCGCUAUCGAAUCCUUGUCUGAGCGAACUGCCCUACUAGGCGCUUCUGCUGGUAACCCAAACCAGCCAUAUGGCGGCUUGGAUACACCAAAGAUUAUCAAGAAGAAAUGGGACGAGGCGGUUGCAGCCGGAAAAAUUAACACAACCUGGCAGCGCGAAACAAAAGUCUUGACCAAAACAUCAGCGCCACUCAUCCUGACCUCCUUACUACAGUACAGUCUUCCCGUAGCUAGUAUCUUCACCGUUGGGCACAUUGGUAAGACUGAACUCGGAGCUGUGAGUCUGGCUAGUAUGACUGCCUCCAUCACCGGAUAUGCAGUAUAUCAAGGUCUAGCGACUUCCCUCGAUACGCUUUGCGCACAAGCCUAUGGCUCUGGACGUAAACAUCUCGUCGGUCUACAGCUGCAACGCAUGCUGUGGUUUUUACUAUUAAUCACAAUUCCAGUCUCAACAAUAUGGGCAUUCGGUACCCAGAUCCUGUCCCUCAUUGUUCCGGAACAGGAAACGGCACGUCUCGCUGGAUUGUACUUGAGAAUUCUCAUCGCUGGAGGACCUGGCUACGUCGCUUUCGAAAGCGGAAAACGCUACGUUCAAGCACAAGGCAUUUUCAACGCUACCAUGUAUAUUCUCCUCAUCUGCGCACCGCUCAAUGCUUUCUUGAACUGGUUCAUGGUAUGGCAUCUCGGCUGGGGAUUCAUCGGCGCACCGAUUGCAGUCGUCAUUACCGAGAGCAUGCUGCCCCUCCUCCUAUUCCUCUACGUCCGCUUCAUCGAUGGUUACCAAUGCUGGGGCGGAUUCGACCGUCGAGCCUUCAACAACUGGAUGCCCAUGAUUAAGCUCGCGCUUCCGGGCUUGGUCAUGGUACUUGCCGAGUUCCUCGCCUUUGAGAUUCUAACUCUGAGUUCAAGUUGGCUGGGCCCUACUGCGCUUGCCGCACAAUCUGUCCUUGGAACGAUUACCGGCAUCACGUUCCAGAUCCCGUUCCCUAUGAGUGUUGCUGCCUCGACACGCAUUGCCAACUUGAUCGGUGCAACCCUUGCCGUACCUGCGAAAACGGCUGCAAAGGUAGCUGUUUUUGCGUCUGUUUUGGUAGGCGUAUUCAACCUGCUGUUCCUUUCUCUACUUCGAGAAACUAUCCCGCGAUUAUUUACUCCCGAUGAAGAGGUCAUUGCCAUGGUGGCCAAUCUUCUCCCCCUUUGCGCUACUUUCCAAGUCGUCGAUGCACUCGCCGCCAACUGCAACGGUAUACUGCGUGGACUGGGCCGACAAGAAAUUGGUGGUUAUGUGGGCUUGUUCGCAUACUACGUUGUCGGAAUUCCAAUCAGCUUUGGUACUGGAUUCGGACCGUUACAAUGGGGACUAUACGGCCUUUGGACUGGUCCUGCCAUUGCACUUGCCAUUGUCUCAGCAAUUGAAGGCUGGUUUAUCUGGCAGACGAGCUGGGAAGAUGCCGUUGAAGACGCAAAGGCGCGCAAUUCUACCAAUUAA